CGUAGACUUUAUGGUUUGCUUUGGUGGUAGAUUAUUUCCUUCAAAUGUUAUGAAGAAAUUUUUUAGCCCCUUUUCCCAGAACAAAAUACAACUUUUUAUGGUCCUGAGCACUUGUUAUAAAUUUUGUCUAUGCAAAACUUUCUUUAACAGGUACCUAGCUAAUUGAAAAGUAAAGAAUUAAUAAGUAAUUUGAUAAAUGCGUGGAGAACAUCAAUUAAAGUUUUGGUAACUAUGUUGUUGGCUCCGGGUGGCACUGUGGUUAGAGCUGCUGCCUUACAGCAGCAAGGUCCAGGGUUCCGUCCCCAGGUCGGGUGUAAGACCUUUCUGUGUGGAGUUUGCAUGUUCUCCUCAUGUUCACGUGGGUUUCUGCCAGGGGCUCCGGUUUCCUCCCACAGUCCCAAAGUGUGCACAAGAGGUUAACUGGAGGCUCUAAGUUGGCCCCUUGAGUGUGUGCGCCCUGCAGCGUUUUGGUGACUGCCCUGGGUUGGUGCCCCUUGUUCCCGGGGUAGGCUCUCGUCCCUCUACGACCCCAGUUGGGAUUAAGCGGUUAAGGUGAUGGAUAUUGUUGGCCCCUGCAUCAUGCUGGUGAUGCCCAGAGCUCACAGGCUAUGCUCAAUCAGCAGAUAGAGCGUUACAGGUGUGAACGCACCCAAAUCACACUGCAAGCACAUCGCGAUCCAAUCGCUCAAACCACAUUUGGAGGUGGUCUAAGAAGCGCAUGGCCUCAUUCUUAUGGCAUGUCAGGUUAUAUACACCAAAAACUCCACAUCAUUUGCAUCACCGGAGUCUCGGGUGACUGCCCAUGGUUAUUCCCAGACGACUAAUACUCCGGCAGAGGUUCUGGCAAAACUGCCUUUUCAAAGAAGGAUCCAGCUUUGCAAAUGGCGCUUUCUCAGAACUUCUCCCCGGGCUGAAAUCCCUGCAGAAAAGUGUCAUUGUUAGUGAAUUCUACAAGGUCACAAUGGGAAAACAUCGAUUUUAAUAUCUACACUUGAAUCUGAUAGUAAUAUUUAUGACCGAAGAGUCGCUUCUCCAGUUUCUUCUUGGCUGUGGGAAAUUGGAGGCUUACAGGCAUCUUCUGUAGUCACGUUCCUCGCUGAAUACGGGCUCUUUAUCUCUAAACGUCCAACACUGUGACGCUCGCAGCACUGUGUGCCACCCGGAGAGGCUUCUUAAAAUGGAUAAUUGUCACUUAAGAAUAGCCCCCACCUCUGGUAAUAUGUACUCUUCGUGCGUUUGUAGUGAAAUUUCAGAAAACUUUUCACGAGCUCAAGGCUCACACCGUCUUCCCCACUCGAAGGUUUUUCUUUGUGCAAAACUGCUGAUAUGCUGAAAAUGCUUCUUAGCAGAGAAAUUGGUGAUUUUAGAGGGUCUAUGCGACAAGCUUCGUAGAGUUUGGAGGCUGUGAUUCUCCCCUCAUACGAUGCCACAGUCUCGACGAGGUUUGCUUGCGUGUUUGCGGCUGUGCUGUUGCUCCAAAUCGCGUACAUGUGCCGCGUUGUCCUGUAAGAGUGUAAGAUGCGAGAUCCUUCUGUGCCGUUUGUGGAGACUUGGAAAGCAAGCUCUGUCACCUGCCUCAAGCAAGCCAUCUAAAACUCUUCGAAUGCUUUCUCAUCGUUCUCUAGUGUCCUUCUGCUUUCAGUCACUUUUACAGGCGGCCCACCCAGCUCACUGUCAUAUUGUCUUUUCUUGGUCCGUGCUGAUGUGAAGUCAAUGUCCGCAAUCGAUGCGGGUUUAACUUUCCCAACGGAUGGUGUCGUCCAGUGCGCUUUUGUCCCAGUGGUCCUCACUUUUUGCACGUGGCAUGGCCUCCACACAGAAGAGAACCACCACUAUGGAGCUGCAGGCUUCUCCAAGGUCUGCCAUGUAUGUGCAAUAUGCAGACUUGUCAUAACCUUCCUUUCUGGCUGUGACCCAUGGAUCCAUGGGUUUCCCACUAAGUCCAUAUGAGUGAAGCACCUGCAAUGACAUUAAAAGCCCUGUAAGUAACCAUGAAGACUCUGCCCUAAAAGGCUGGUAACAGGUGAAUAAUUACUUGUAACAGAUGCUGAUAUACUUCAUAAAGUGCAACAUUAGCAACAAACCUCUUUGCCAACUAAUUACCCAACGCUAUUGAAGAUGGGUACUAAAAAAUAUUUUCGGAUGACCGGUGGGUUAGUGAUUACAUUUCUCAUUGAGUAAAUAAAACAAACUGCCAAACUGAUAUUAGGGAUGAAGAAAAGCUGAGUUGCAAGUUGAUGAAAAGGGUUACAUUACAGAUUUAGAUGAAUUACUAUAAGUUUUUUUUUUCCAUCUCUAUUCAGUAUAAAAAACGUAAAAUGAAUCUUUCCUUUGACACUUUUCUCUUCUGUAUACUGCCAGCUAUGAACACCCAGCCACUCGGGAACACACUGUAGACGAGAAUGAUUGCUGGUCUUAGAGGAAUGUCUUAUGAGGAGAGGUUAGCUGAGCUGAAUCUGUUCAGCAUCGAGCAAAGGAGACUAUGGGGGGGGGGACCUGAUCCAGGUGUAUAAGAUUCUAACAGGUCUGGAUGUUGUUCAGCCAAAUGGCUAUUUCAAUAUUAGUUUAUAUACUAGAACUCGUGGCCAUAAGUGGAAAUUAACAGGAGAACAUUUUAAAAUGAAUUUGAGGAAGCACUUCUUUACACAACGUGUAGUUAGAGUAUGGAAUAGUCUUCCUGUUAGUGUAGUGCAAGCUAAAACUCUGGGUUCCUUUAAAAUCAGAACUAGAUAAGAUUUUAACAGCUCUGAGCUAUGAAGUUCUCUCCAAAUGAGCUUUAUUGGUCGAAUGGCCUCCUCUCAUUUAAUUUCUUAUGUUUUUAAACACUGAAUAUAAACGAGUUACCCUGUCUUCAUACAAAGGCUAAAAAAGAACAGAAAUGAAAUAUGGCCAUAAUACAAAUCAGGUAAAUGCAGUUGCUCAGAAGGUAAGCAAAUUUUAGAAAAGCAUCAACACACAAUUACAGAAAAACAUGCGAAAGUAGUAAAUUACAACCAAAGUGAUAUGACAAUUGAAACUUUAUCUACCUUGAGCAGCUCACUGGAACAGUGGCUUUUACAAAGCACCAAAUAAUUUAGUAACCAAGGUCACGAUAUCGGGGGAAACAUUUCUUCAUCUUUGGUCCGCUGUUACUUUAACAUCAUAUGGAUCCCUGCUGCUAAUUGCCUCCAUCUUCUUGCAAUACUGCAUCAAAUUUACCAGGGCAUUUCCUGGUAAAAUGGCCGCCAUGUACAAACUGUGGUGUAAUAAGCAUGUAACUUAAUACAGCCUAUUCCCUAAGAGUGAGGAGGGAGCAAAAACGUUAAUGGUCUGGGGUUCCCCGAGGACUGGUUUGAGAAACGCUGGUUUAAAUCUCUGUACCACCUCUGAAUGAAUCGGUCUGCGGUGCUGGCCUGAUUUUCGGCGCAGUAUCAGAUAUGAAAACAUUGUCUCUAGAUAAUGCUGGCUAAUGGAGAUUCACUCAGCUACUUUUGUUCUCUUUUCGAUUUUAAUAAUUCAGCUGUGAUUUAAAAGAAUUUAAUAUAGUUUCAGGACCCUCCGAAGUAAUGGGGACGGUUUGCUUAACUAUACCUAGUUUUGCUUAUUGGAUGAUUACUCUGACGGUUUUAAUUCGCCGUUUUGUAUUGAUGUUUUGAACUUCUUUUUUUCUCUGAUUUCUGACCCUAUUAAAUAUCAGUAUAACUCAUGGUAAUGUUAAAACUAAGAUUGAUUUUUUUUUUUUUUUUUUUUUUUUUUUUUUUUUUUUACUUAUGUAGCCCAGUGACCUUAAACUUGAAAUGAGUCCAUUAACUGAUGCACACAGUACAGCAUAUGACCUUUUGAACUGAAACUGCAUUUCAAUUCUCCUCUUGGGUUCACAGAGUAUAUUUCCAGGGAUCUGGAAUAUGACAUCAUCAGGGCCACAUCGUGGCUGGGUGUAGGCCUUGCAUUUUGAUUCGCUGUGAAUACGCAGCCGGGACGGGUUAGUGGCUAAAUGAAAAAAUGCCGAACCGCUGUGUAGCGUAUGGGUGCGGAAAGACCCACGAAGACAACGUGAGCCUGUUCCGAUUCCCCAAAGACCCGGUGGAGUAUCACAAGUGGGAGAAGCAGGUGCAGAGGACACGGGCGGACUGGCUGGCCAAGGCUUCCUCACACCUGUGCAGUGAUCACUUUGGCAAGGAGUGUUUCGAGCCCAAACCGCUAGCAGGGGUAAAGACUCCUUGCCCUAAAACGUCCCUGAAGCUGAAGGAUGGCGCCGUGCCGACCAUUUUCAUACAGCCCCCUUGCCAGAGCUGCUCUGGUGACGCUGUGGACUGUAGAUCCUGCUCCUCCAGAGGGAGAUGGCGGGCCGUGGCCACUGAGCCGCACGCUGUGGAGGCGGACUCGGGCUGCACACAGACGACAAAUCCGGUGCCCAUGGACACGGAUGGCAAGGGAGGGACAGAGGAUGAUAAGGAGGCCGAGGAAGCGGCGGAUGAAGAGGAGCAGGAAAAGCACCUUGGGGAGAUGAUGGUGGACCUCCCCUCGAAUAACACUGAGCAUGCUCCCAAGGAGGACGGGCCCGCUGUGUGCGAGAUGUGUGGCAUGGUGGGCACCAAAGACGCCUUCUUCUCAAAGACCAAGCGCUUCUGCAGUGUCUCCUGUUCUCGCUCGUACUCCUCCAACUCCAAGAAGGCCUCCAUACUGGCACGACUGCAGGGGAAACCGCCCACCAAGAAGGCCAAGGUUCUGCACAAAGCUGCCUGGUCCUCCAAGAUCGGGACUCUGCUCUACUCCCAGGGCAUCGGACAGCUGCUGGAUGGUACCGUCACCGGGCAAGACGCUGUGGCCGUGGGCUUCGACUGGGGCACAUACCUGAAGGAGAGCGGCUUCCAAGCCGCCCCGGUCACCUGCUUCAGACAUGUGCCCCUUUACACUCAGUGGGAAGACAUCUCUGUGGGCCUGAAGGUGGAGGUCCUCAACAGCGACGCCGUGCUGCCCAGCAAGGUCUACUGGAUCGCUUCCAUUCUGCGGCUCGCAGGCUACAAGGCCCUGCUGCGGUACGAAGGCUUCGAGAAGGAAGACAGUCACGACUUCUGGUGCAACCUGGGCACCGUGGACAUCCACCCCAUUGGCUGGUGCGCUGUCAACGGCAAGCUGCUGGUGCCGCCACUGACCAUACAUCAGCGCAUCAAAAACUGGAAGAUGUACCUGAUGAAGAAGCUGGUGGGGGCGCAAACUCUGCCUGUGGACUUCUACAUCAAGAUGGCGGAGAGCAUGAAGUACCCAUUCCGGCAGGGCAUGCGGGUGGAGGUGGUGGACCGGAGCCUGGUGAGCCGCACGCGCACGGCCGUGGUGGACGCGGUGAUCGGCGGCCGGCUGCGGCUGCUGUACGAGGACGCGGGCCUGGAGGCCGGCGGCGAGGCGCUCGCUGACUUCUGGUGCCACAUGUGGAGCCCCCUGCUGCAUCCCGUGGGCUGGUCCCGCAAGGUGGGGCACAUCAUCAAGAGCACAGACAAGCGUAUCGACAUGAGCGGCCACCCCACCUUCCGCAAGAUUUACUGCGACAGCGUGCCGCAUCUUUUUAAGAAGGUGCGGACGGUCUACAUGGAGGGGGGGUUCUUUGAGGAGGGGAUGAAACUGGAGGCGAUCGACCCUUUGAACCUGGGGAAUAUCUGUGUGGCCACUGUGCGGAAGGUGCUCCUGGACGGAUACCUAAUGGUGGGCAUCGACGGGGUGGAAAUCGGGGACGGAUCCGACUGGUUCUGCUACCACGCCUCCUCCCACGCCAUCCUGCCCGUUGGCUUCUGUGACAAGCACAACAUUCCCCUAACGCUGCCCCCUGGGUACGACAGGGUGACUUUCACGUGGGCUAAAUACCUGGAAGAGACGGGCGCGAGUGCUGCACCUGCACGCCUCUUUAACACGGACUGCCUGGGCCACGGCUUUGCCGCAGGAAUGAAGCUGGAGGCAGUGGAUCUGAUGGAGCCGCGGCUCAUCUGCGUGGCCACCGUGAGGCGCUGUGCCGGCCGCCUCUUACUGCUGCACUUCGAUGGCUGGGAGCCCGAGUUCGACCAAUGGGUUGACUGCCAGUCUCCUGACAUCUACCCCGUGGGCUGGUGCGAGAUCACCGGCUACCAGCUGCAGCCGCCCAUUGGCUCCGCAGAAUCCAUCCCAGCUGAAGAAGCACCCAAGAAGCACAAACCACUGGGGAAAAAGAAGAAGAGGCUAGUGAAGAAGAAGCUGGCCAGUCUAAUCUCCAAAAACCUGCCCCCACCUCGUACCCGCCCAGCUGCCCUGCCCAGUGACCGUCCCAGUGAUCGGCCCACCGACGCGCCCUCUGAUCAGCCCAGUGACCAUCCCAGUGAUCGGCCCACCGACGCGCCCUCUAAUCAGCCCAGUGAUCUGCCCCUGAAGACUGAGCCGGUUGAAGAGGAGAUCAUCGCGGUGAAGGUGAAGGAAGAGGAGCUAGAGUCUGAAAUCCCCCUCCAGGAGCCCGGGGUCCCAGAAACGUCGCUGGGGGAGGCGAACCAGGAGCCCGCAGAGUGAGCCUCUAUGACCGGCUCACCUUGAGCCGCCUCACCCAGCAAAGAGUGGUGCUCUCUGAGAUGUUCUGGAUCUCCGUGGUGACCAGGACCCACAAUCCAAUGCUGGAAGCCAGCAGAGUGUGCUAAGAGCAGGGCGAUCAGGAUCCUGGCUUCUCCUUCCCCUGGUGCAGGAUCUGCAGUGGGGGUCUGUGUGUUUCCCUCGUGUUUCGGCGAAGCAGCAUGCUGACCUGCGUCACAGGGCUGAACACGCAGAAUGCACAGUCACUGAGCCUCAGUAAUCAGCAGAAAACUCCGUAUACAGAGUGUGUGCUGAUACUGGGCCUCCUCAGACCCUGCUGGUGUGCUACAGGUCAACCACGUUAAUAUUUAACGCCGUCCUUUAUCUCCAAAGACAGAUUAAAAAAAAAAUAAAAGUGAUAUUCACGUAAACCGUACUACUGACAUUCUGAAUCACUGCUUUGUCUUAAUAUGACUGUGUAUGUGAUUUAUUUUAUAUUUCGUACUAUGUCUGUAUAAAAUGUGAAUGCUGCAGUAGCUAUUUUUUUAACUGAUGUCAGCUGUGACAGAUGUGUGAUGUAUCAGUCUUAAUAUUGUUUUGGUUCAUUUGUCCUUUGAUUCAAAUCUGAAAUUAAAGCAGAAUUCUGAAUGGAAAA